AUGCCAAGACCAAAGGCUUUCCUCAAGGAAUCAAAGGCCAAGAAAAAGAAUGCGAAGCAGCAGCUGCCCGUAACAGCCGAUGACUAUCUCGCAGCGGGCGUCGAGCUAGAAGAAGCCGGCGAGAAAUGGCGCGCUGGAGAUGCGGCCAAAUCGAUGCGGUUUUUUAUGAAGGCGAUUGCCAAUUAUGAUGAAGGGUUGCAGAAACAUCCUGCUGCUUUUGACCUAGCUUACAACAAAGCUCGUGUCCAAUACGAAAUCACCCAACACCCCAAGCUAGCAGCACAACUGCCUGCUCCACAUGCGGAAAUCCUGGAAGUAGCGCUGCAGUCGCAUCGGGAUGCGCUGUACCUGGAACAAGAUAAUGCAGACGCCUUGUUCAAUAGCGGACAGGUACUGAACAGCCUGGCCGAGGCCCUGACAGAGUCAAAGCAUCCGAGCGAAGAGCAGCUCAUCCAGGCGAGCACCUAUUUGCAGGAAGCGGUCGAGUUGUUCCAGCGAUGCCUGGCGCUGCAGGAGAUGAAGUUCACUGAGAUGGAGGAGCAGAUUAUGCAGAUGGAGUCUGGAGAGAUGGACGAGGAACCAGAGUCAGAGCCCGCGGUCCCGUCAGCGGAGCCGCAGGUGGCCGAGAGCGAGUCCGCGGAUAGUGAACCGCAGGAGCGGUGGGCUGCUAUCGUUGAGCCAGUGACGAAGAAUACCCUUGUCGACUCGGCCGUAGCGCAGUUGGAUACAUUGACGGCGCUGUGCAAUUUGUUGACGUUCAACCCUGGUGCUGGCGGUGUGGGAUGGGUACAGGAGUAUUCAUCUGAACUGGUCGAGACUCGGCUGCCGGCUUAUGUCGAGGGAUCGGAUAGACAGUAUGAAGCAGGGCUGGCGCGGGCAAAGUUCAUUUGCGCACUACACGACGUCCUCUACCGGGGCGGCCACACUGAUGCUCGGACAUACCAGCAAGAGGUCGGACGUGCGUUCGGGCCCGAGCUUGACGUAUCGAAUGACCCAGAGGGACUGUGCAGCAAAGCGGAGGCACUGACCUCGCUGAACGGAGCUUUCGCAGAUCUACCCCCGGCUGAUGAUGCGGAAACUUUCACGUUCUGCUGUUCUGUGCGAUGGCAAGCACUCUCGACCGCGCUGGACUCGUUGACAGCCGCCUCGAAGCUGCCAAGCGCUGACAACUUGCCCAAGAUCCAUCUCGCACGUGGCGACGCAGAGAUGCAGCGCUGGCGACUGGGUCGGGCACCCUGGAACCACUCCGUGGCGGCGCAGCAUGGGGCCACGCUCCUGCGUAAUGCGCAAACAUACUACCGCGGAGCAGCAGCACUAGCUCGCCGGGAUGGAGAGACCGAGGCAGAACGCGAUGGAUCGUUCAAGGAGGCCAUUGCUGCUGCGCUGGAGGGCCAGAGAACCAAGCUGGAUCAAAUCAAGGCAAAGUCCAUGGAUCAGUUGAUCGCGGUGGCCCAGGAUAUGGUGGAGGACGGGAUGGUAGAAGGCACCGACAUGAGCGCUCUGAUCUCAUGA